AUGGGCGCCCUGGCCCUGGCCCUGGGGAUUUUCCACUACCUGGGGCUCUACCUGCAGCUCGGCGCCGCCUCCCGGCACCCCCCGUGGGACGCCCCGGCGGCGGGCAGCGCUCUCUUCACCGAGACCCCCCACGACAUGACGGCGCAGGCAGGUGAGGAUGUGGAGAUGGCGUGUUCCUUCCGCGGCAGCGGCUCCCCCUCCUACUCCCUUGAGAUCCAGUGGUGGUACGUCCGCAACCACAAGGACUGGACGGACAAACAGACUUGGGCUUCCAGUCAGCUGAAUUCAUCACCACCAGAGGAGCCUGGGAAAGAGGCAACAAAAAUCAGUGUGGUGAAGGUGGUCGGCAGCAACAUCUCCCACAAGCUGCGGCUGUCGCGAGUGAAGCUGGAGGACGAGGGGACGUACGAGUGCCGGGUGAUCGACUCCAGCGACGGCAAGGCACGGCACCACAAGGUGAAGGCGUACCUGCGGGUGGAGGCAGCGGGGGCCCCGGGGCACCCCCAGGACACCGAGCUGCGGGAGACCCCGCUGGCAGAGCUGGCCGCGCCGGGCUCAGCCCACGCACACCAUCACCACCACCACCACAAAGCCGGGAAGGAGCUGAAGAAGCGCUCGGCAGACACCUCCUGCGUGCUGUAG